AUGGGGGACACUGCUUGCCCCAAUUCUUGUGCUGAUGACCUCAAGAAACAUGUAAUGGAGGUUUUUGAGGAGGCCACCAAAGACUCUGAGGACUUUGUUUUGCCACUAAAAUUUUCCAUGAUUCGCAACUAUGAUGACCUUAACGAAUAUGCUAUUCAAAUAUUCAAUUCUAUGGCAAACGACGACCUCCUCGACGAAGCCAAAGAGCUCUUUAAGCCUCUCUCUGACCAGGGCGUACUGCCAGACGUGGCUGCCCUCACCAUUGUCAUCGGGGAAUACGCCUUUGCUGGCGAGAUCAAGGCUGCUCUCAAGGUCUACCAGCGCAUGUUAGCCACCGGUGUCUCCCCCACCUCCCACACUUACACUCUACUCAUCAUGGCCCUUGUAACAGACUCUUCUGAUGUCAAUUAUGUUGGCCUUGCCAAGAAGUAUUUUAUGGAAAUGUUGGGUAAGGGAUUGAAGCCCCAUGAUGUGUCCUAUAUCUCUGUCUUUGAUGCCAUUGCCUGCCGGGAGUCGGUGGAGAAUGCCAGGGAGUUCCUUGAGCAGAUAAAAGCAAAGGGGUUCAGCCUUAAGUCCAAUGUUUUCUACUUUGACGAAGCCCACCUCACAGAGGCAAUGAAGAUAACGAAGUUGCUCCAUGAUCUCCCCAACAACACGACUGACAAGGAUAUACAAAAGCUCUUCCGCAAGUGGUGCACCAGUGGACAUGGCUUCCAGAAAGAGUCAAUGAAGAUGUACAAAACUCUGGUGAAGGAUGGUAAUGCAGACGAGGCCAUGGAGGUUCUUAUGUUGUUCAUUAAGGGCAUAAAACCAGCUAUCCUAAUCCAUACCUGCAUUAUUGAGACCUACGUCAAUGCUGGCAAGAUCAAGGGUGCUCUUGAGGCUUACAAGGACAUGGUAGCUGCUGGGGUUGCCCCAAACUCCUACACUUACACAGUUUUAAUCAAGGGACUCAUUGCUGACCCCAACUUCUUUGGAGAUGACAAGAAGUUUUUGCUUGAGAUGAUGGAUAAAGGGAAGUGGCCCAAUGCUUCUACCUACACUGUGGUGAUGGAGGGCUUUGCAAAGCAGGAGGACAAGGCAGCUGAGGAGGAGGGAAAAGAGUUGGUGGAGGUGAUGAUGGGUAAGGGGUUUGUGCUAAACGCAAAGGCUAUGAUGGAGGUUUUAAAGGGAAGACCAACAGCUGUGAUAAGAAGGGUCAUGAACAUUGUCCUUUCUAAGUUGAAGGGCUGA